ACAAAUAACGGAAAGGCCGAAAUCCACUAUGAUAGCGUAGCGGGUAGCAUAGCGGCUGCUAUAGACAAAUAGCGGGUAUUUAAUAAAAAAAUUAAAAUAUAAAUCUAAUAAUUAAAAUAAAAGAUAAAUCUGGUAAUAAAAAGCAUAAAAUGACCUAAGAGUUUAUAAAAAUUAUCAAAAAUUAUAAAAAAUAAUAUUUUCAAGUCUCAACAAAUAAAAAUCAUAGUUUAUAAUAAUCAAAUAAGAUAAGAAAAUACUUAAAGAGUAUAAAAAUCAGAUAAGAUCAAUUUUGAAAAAAGUCAGAUAAUAGAACUUUAAAACAAAAAAUCAUUCACUUUCCAUCAUGUCUAUUUGGAAUUGACUGAACUGUUUUGAUGAACUGAGAGUUUGUAAAUUUUGAGUUUUCUGAUAAAUCCAUGCCCACAUGGAAUUUUUCUGGUUAUUUCUGAAAUUGGGAUUGAUUGUGAAAUCCGGGUUUUUCUGUAAAUUCUGCAUGGUUUUGUCUCGAAUAUAGUCAUGAUUACUGAUUACUGUGCCUGCUAGUGGGAGGUUUAUAAACGCUAGCACAUGUCGACAUGUAUUUCUAUAGAACCGGUUCACCCUACCAAUGGGGUUAAACAUUGGUAAUUACUGUCGCCUACCAGUGGGAGUUGUAAACACUGGCACCAUUACUGACGCUUGCCAGUGGGAGUUGUUAAACACUAGCACUUCUGUAACCUUGCCUAUAGGGUUAAACAUUGGCAACUACUGUGCCCACCAGUGGGAGGAGGUUUAUAAACGCUAGCCAUGACUUAUAGAUGAGACUACUGAACUGAGUUUUAUUCUGCAUGAACGGUUUGUCAUGAAGGCUUUGAUAUUGAACUGAAUCUGAUUCUGUUUUAAUGGUUUGUCAUUGAACGUUUUGCUAUUGAACGGAACUUGAUUCCGCAUUAACGAUUUAUCAUUGAGAGUUCUGUUAUGUUUACAUGGUUUGUCUGGCAAGCUUAAAAGUUUUACCCAAGGGCUAUCCAUAUUUACUUACUGAGUUAUCUCAUAGUUUUCCUUGUCCACCAUUUCAGGAAGCGAUACCGAGGAUGGGGAAACCGAGGAGAGUGACGAGUUAGAAGGCUAGCCAUUUCAAGAUUGGUAUAGAUUUAGAAAUAAAUCAUGCUCUUGCAAGCUAGAGUGUGUUUGGAGAUUUUAUGAUAUCAGAGCAGAUUGUAAAAUUUUAUCUUGAAAUUUUGUGGUAUCAGAUUGUGAUUUGAAUAAGUUCCGAGCCUUAUGCACUUAUGGGACCCAUCUCACGAGUGCACAGCGUCUGUCGCGUCCCCAAAUUUGGGU